AGAGUCCGGCGUGGCCACAUCUAAACCGUUGGAUCCCUGAACACACUUCACUUGACUGGAGAUCUCCUUGUUUUCACCACUUUCCCCGAGACCCGGCGCCGCCGCCGCCGCGCGCCAUCCACUCCGUGGAUCGUACAGCCAGCUUUCCGUCGACAUGGCCCGGUUGGUCAGCGCGCGAAUCUGUCCUAGCCAGCGGUUCCAUGUUCCUCUGUUGCCGUCGGUCCCGCCGCUGAGGUCGCAUUCAGCAGCAGGGCUUGGAGUUGGAGGUCCUUCGUUUCAUGGUGUCAAGCUCUCGAAUCUUCCGGGAUUCGUAGCGGCAGCAGGAGCGCUGGAGGUUCCCAAGAGGGCGCCAUCCUCCCCCGCAUCCGGGAACCACCUGCCUUCUGAAGAGGUUAUCAGGACCUGGUGCAAUGCCGAUGCGGUGUGCUUCGAUGUCGAUAGCACGGUCUGCCUGGACGAGGGUAUCGAUGAGCUCGCGGAUUUCUGCGGGGCAGGGCAAGCAGUUGCCGAAUGGACGGCUAAGGCGAUGACUGGGUCGGUUCCGUUUGAAGAGGCACUAGCCGCUCGGCUAUCUUUGUUCAAGCCAUCCUUGUACCAAGUUGAGGAAUGCAUGGAGAAGAGGCCACCAAGGAUAUCUCCUGGAAUUACCAAACUGAUCAAAAUGCUAAAAGCAAAAAAUGUAGAUAUAUACCUUGUUUCUGGAGGCUUCCGACAGAUGUUCAAGCCUGUUGCAUCGGAGCUUGGCAUUCCCCCUGAAAACAUUUAUGCAAACCAGUUACUGUUUGGAAAUUCUGGAGAAUAUGUUGGGUUUGACCCCGCAGAGCCUACUUCACGAAGUGGCGGUAAAGCCAUAGCAGUUCAACACAUAAGAAAGAAAUGCGGUUACAAGACAGUUGUUAUGAUUGGAGAUGGUGCUACUGAUCUUGAGGCUCGGCAACCAGGUGGAGCAAACCUGUUUAUCUGCUAUGGAGGGGUGCAAAUGAGAGAAGCGGUUGCAGGAAAAGCCGACUGGGUUGUCUCUGAUUUCCUUGAGCUGAUGGCCUAUUUGGCAUAAUGUUAUUCAUAACUACAAUGCCGAUUCUUAUAUGGAGUACUACGAUUUGAUGAGUAAAUAAUUGAUCAUGGCAGAUCUUUUCGACCCUGUAUAUCAAGGCACGUUGACACGGGUAGAUUAGUAAAAGACAUAGCUGUUUGAUCCGUUCAGAGAAUGCGUUCAGUCUAAACAGAAUGCAUGACAAUGCCAGAAUAACAGCCAAUUUAAGGGUGAUGCCAUUUGAUUGACAACA